AUGACUAAACUCGUCGUAUUACUAGGACUAUUGACGUUGGUCUCCACACAACAGGUGGAGAACUGUCAAAUGACACAGUUCAAUCACUGUAAUGCUGCUUUACAACAAUUCUGGGAUAUCGAUACUACAAACAUCUGGAACGACGUGAAUCAACUGAAUCAAGCGUUGAUUUCUCUGAUGCGACCGCCUUAUGGAAUAAAUAAUUAUGUAACCAUCUGCAAUGGCUUCGCGAAUUUUUACUCUUGCCUCGGUCCGGAGAACAUCUACUUCUGUCUUGGUCUCGUAGGACAAGUUGGUAUGGGGAAAUCUCCCCAGGACGCAUACGCGUAUCAAGGAUUGAUGGCUGAUUGGCAAUUCAAAUGUGGAACUGGAUUUUUCGCCGUCUACGAAAGCCUCACAUUUACGUCAUGCACUCAAAAUACCUACGUGAACUACAAUACCGAAAUGUCGAACAUUCUUAAAGACUACAAGAACAAUGUUACUGCCGAUUCUGGGAACGCAUGCAAAUACGCUCAAAACCUGAUGAAUUCGUAUGGGACCAUUUAUCGCAACGGAGCAUGCCGAGCCACGAACCCCGACGACGGUCAAUGGUAUGGUUGUGAAUCUGGACGUGAAUACACAAAUGCUCAAUUCAGACAUUGUCAACAUUCCACUAAAUGUUAA